AGCACGAAGAAGACUCAAGAUGGCGGCGGCGGCGGGAGCUGCGGGAGCCCCGGCUGUGGCGGCGGCCGCGGCAGGUUCGGGGACCGGCGGAGCGGCGUCGGCGGCCGGCUCGGGCUCGGGCGGCGGGGCCGGCGGAGCGGCGGCGGCGGGCUCGGGCGGCUCGGGCCCAGGAGUGCUGAUCGGGGACCGGCUGUACUCUGGCGUGCUCAUCACGCUGGAGAACUGCCUGCUGCCCGACGACAAGCUGCGCUUUACGCCGUCCAUGUCGAGCGGUCUGGACCCCGACACCGAGACUGGCCUGCGCGUCGUGGGCUGCGAGCUCAUCCAGGCGGCCGGCAUCCUGCUGCGACUGCCGCAGGUGGCCAUGGCUACAGGGCAGGUGUUGUUUCAGCGAUUCUUUUAUACCAAAUCCUUUGUGAAGCAUUCCAUGGAGCAUGUAUCAAUGGCCUGUGUUCAUCUGGCCUCCAAAAUAGAAGAGGCUCCAAGACGAAUAAGGGACGUAAUUAAUGUGUUUCAUCGACUUCGGCAUUUGAGGGAGAAAAAGAAACCUGUACCUUUACUCUUGGAUCAGGAUUAUGUUAAUUUGAAGAACCAAAUUAUAAAGGCUGAGAGAAGAGUUUUGAAGGAGUUGGGGUUCUGUGUCCACGUAAAGCACCCUCAUAAGAUAAUCGUUAUGUACCUUCAGGUGUUAGAAUGUGAGCGUAAUCAACACCUGGUCCAGACCUCAUGGGUAGCCUCUGAGGGUAAGUGACUAAGACUUCUCCUCUGCUGUCCAAGCGCUUUGGUGCAGGGAUAGCUGCCGUCUUCAGUCAAUCCAAUGCAGGCUCUCCAGACAAGGCUGGCUCUAGACAGGUGGUAUAUACGAUAGUAUAGUAACUGGCCGACUGCUUCUUGUGGUUAUCUUUGACUUUUUUUUCUUGUUCAUUUUUUGUUGUGCUUUGACAAUUGUAUUUAUUAGAUUUUAUAACUGUCUUAACUUAAAUUUUGUCACUUUAAAGCUGCUGUACCUGUGUAUUAAAGGUGUUUACCUUUUUCUUUGCCAAAACUGUAAGGGGUGGGAGGGGGUGGGGUUCAAAACUGUGACAGACUGGUUAAAUGGGAUCCAGAUUGAUGGUAGUAGCCUGUGGUCCAGUUUGUCUUGGCUCAGACAUACAUUGCUAAAAAUUCCUUAGUUCCACUUUUUCAGCAACAGCUGUAUUCUAGUAAAAGGUAUACACCUUUAAACUUUGAUAUAGUUAAUUAAACAUUGUAAAUUUCAAGUACAGCAAUAAGUACAAGUAUUCUUUUUAAGUGUUCUUAAUUGUUUUGUAUUUUAGGACUUUUAUUAUAAGGAAAGUGAAUUGGGCAUGUUUAUUGUUUGUGGCUGUUUUGAUUAAAGAAGAAAAUCACUAUAGCUAAAAUGUUUAAAAUCAUCUGUUUACUGGCAAAAAAAAAAAAAAGUAGUAGCUCCUACUGAUCGACAAAUGUACAGUUACCUUGUGUGGGAUUUUCCAGAGUCUAAUGGUGACUUAAUUUUGAUGUUUCGGUAGCCAGAUAGAGUGCCUUUCUCAUUUACAGUUUAGUGUAAUUCUUAGAAACUUGUGGGUGGGCAGUAUGUGCUUUAUGCUGCCCUGGGGUUCAGGGAGAGAUGAUAGGGUAGAGAUCACAGUAUGAUGAUCUGGCCCAUUACUGAUGCUUGAACACAAGGGAAUCCAUGGCUAUGCUAUGAAAACUCUUUGGAGUUGUAAAUCAUAACUUAAAAAAAAGUUUUUGUUCUCAUGGGGUCAAUCCUCAUCUUUCACCAUACUUGAUCUACAGCCAGAUGCCCAAGUUCUGAUUUUAGUAUAUUAAAUUUUAAGUGCCUUUUUUGAAGGAAUAUGUUGCAAAUGUAGUGAAUUAAUAUUUUACAUUCUGUUUAGAUAAAAACCUUUUGUACUUUAAUAACUUUUAAAUUGCAAUGUAGUUUUAAAAUGUGCUUACUGACUGAAACUUCCAGUGUUUUAUUGCCAUUGUCUGAUUCUGUGAAUGUUCAUUUUAAGACUCCUUGUUGAAAUGGGACAGUUUGGAAACGAUUCUUUGAUAAACCUGCGAAGAGGAUUUCACUUUGGGUAUUGAGCCUUCCUCUGCAUGAUGUUCCCAUAUAUCCGAAUUACGCACAAGGGCGUUUUUCCCAUCAAAAUGGAUUCUGUUCCGGAUGCUGUGAAUCAGUCCGUCAUGGGACAUGGACAGGUUGAAAAACAAACCAAAAAAAACCAAACAUUUUUCUGAUGCAAAGGAACUGCAGGGAAGAGGAUGGCUAAUCUCAGAAGAACUCCAGAAGGGACCAGUGCUCAGCUGAUGGCUUGAGUUUGCAUGCUUCUCUGCACUACGGAGAUUGAGCAUAAAUUCCUUUAAUUGAAUAUUUUUAACCACUAUGGUAGAUGUUGUAUUUCCAAAGCGUUGUGCUUUUGCAUGAGAGCAGGCCAGUAGUCUUAGCAGGAAAAAGUAAAGUUAAAAUUGGUUCUCUUUCAUAACAGUAUUAUCUGACAAAGUCAGCUUUAAAAAAAUUUUUUUUUACUGUCCCUCCCCUCCUUCCUUCCCUGUGUCCAGAAGAAGCUAUUCUAAUGUUCUUCCAAUAACUCUUGAGAUUUACAGGACUGUGUAGCCCUCAGAUUUAGAGGUAGAAUGCUUAGAAAUGGAGUGAUUUAUAGUGAAUGCAGACAUGUUCAGCAAUGCCUUGGGGAGUUGCAAUUCUUUUGUGUUUGAUUUUUAGGAACUAUAUGAAUGAUAGCCUUCGAACAGAUGUCUUUGUAAGGUUCCAGCCAGAGAGCA